AAGUCAUGUGAACAGCUGGACAUUAGUUGAACCGAAUUUUCUAGUUUCUUUGCCUCGUUAAAAAAAUCGACUCUGACUUGCUUCGACCCAAUUGAUUACUUUUUUACCCAGUCUGGGGAUUAGGGUUAGGGAUCGAAAAUAAAUUGCAGGAGAUCCUUUCAAUUUCAGUCACAUGCCGUGCUUCACGGCAAUUCCGCUCCACAUCUUAACCGUCCUUUUCCUCUUCUUUUGUUUCUCUGCACCGAUCGCGCAAUCUUCGACAGAUGAUUCAGGAUCUAUCCGUUUACCUUCCGAUGGAUUCACUCCUAACGGCGAUAACGAAGGCGUCUGCGCACGAUUUACCAAGCCGGCAUCCUGCCCGGUAAAAUGCUUCCGUACGGAGCCAGUUUGCGGCGUUGAUGGCGUGACCUACUGGUGCGGUUGCGCCGACGCCUAUUGUGCCGGUACACGCGUGGCGAAAUCAGGAUUUUGUGAGGUUGGAAGUGGAGGUAGCGCGUCGCUUCCUGGUCAAGCUCUGCUUUUGGUUCACAUUGUUUGGCUCAUCUUGCUCGGUUUUUCUGUAGUGUGUGGUCUUUUCUAAUUCUUUUUUCUUCAAAAAGAGAUAUUUUAUGUAAUUUCCCCCGGAUUCGAUCUGUAAUUUCCUUUGUCAGCUAUUUGUAAAUCAAAUUCGUUGGAUUAUAUUACAAUUUGAUUGAUUUUUGUUUCAAU